AUAUUAAAAAUGACAAAAAUCCACCCGUUAUUCAGUAAAUUGGCAUAAAUUCCAAACUCCAAACUGGCACCCCAAUAAUACAGACAGUGACAGCAAGACAGCCGCUCAACUCUCCAUAACCUUAAAUCUAUAACCCACUAAAAUUGAAAACCAUUGAUCUGAUCAUACCCCAGUUGCCGGAGUUCAUUCAUUACCUUCACUCCCAUUCCCAUGGCGCCAUCCAAGCAAGUGAAGGUGAUGGAGUUGUGCAAAGUCGCUCCACCACCUGGUUCAGUCGCUCCGGCAUCCCUCCCUCCCACCUUCUUUGAUCUAUUCUUUUUACCGUUGCCACCUCCCCAACUCCUCUACUUCUACGAUUUCCCCCAUCCACUCACUCAAUUCACAUAUGCUCUCCUUCCCCGCAUCAAACACUCGCUCUCCCUCACCCUCCGGCACUUCUACCCAUUAGCCGGAAGCCUGUCAUGGCCGCUGGGUUCUCCCAAGCCCAUGCUCCACUAUGUGGAAGGCAACGCAGUCUCGUUAACUAUCGCCGAGUCCGACGACGACUUCCACCGUCUCUCCGGCAACCAGGUGAGAGAUGCAAAUGAAUCACAUCCUCUUGUCCCUCAGUUGUCAGUAACUGGAUCAGUCGUCCCGCUGCUGGCAUUGCAAGCCACCGUUUUCCCAAAUUCCGGUAUAUGCUUUGGAAUCGCUUUGCACCAUUCAGUUGUUGACGCUAAAACAACUAUCCAUUUUAUGAAGUCGUGGGCUUCAAUCUGUAAGCUAGGAGAGGCAUCUUUGCCAACUGAAUCUCUCCCGAUCUAUGACAGGACACUGAUCAAGGACCCAAAAGGCAUCGAGAAGAUAUUCUUGAGCCAGCUAGUAAAAUUCUUCCACUCUGAGACCGAUUCUCAUGAGUCAGGAGAAAGAAGACUAAAAGUGGUGGAUUUUAUGAGCCCACCCAAGGUAGUCCGAGCCACGUUCCAGCUGAAUGGAGACAAUGUUGCAAGGCUAAGGGGAAGGAUCUGGGCAAUGCGCAAGAAGCAGGAGCAACUACCACAACCUCGACUGUCGACCUUCACGGUGGUCUGCGCUUAUACUUGGGUUUGCUUGGUUCAGGCGGGGAAUGAAAGGUUUCGUUUUUUGAUUAACGUGGACUGUAGAUCUCGUCUCGAUCCUCCACUUCCUGCAACCUACUUCGGUAACUGUAUAGGAACCAGGAUAGUGAAUGCAGAGAGGGCUGAUCUACUAAGACACGAUGCGCUUGCUAUAGCUGCAACUCUGAUUGAUGAGACUACUAAACGGCUGGAGAAUGGAGUUUUGGAUGAUGCAGAGCUCUGGCUUUCACGAUUGUUAUCUGCAGGGAGCAGCGCCCCCAAGAUUGCAGUUGCUGGGUCAAACCGGUUGGGCUUUUACGAUGCAGAUUUCGGAUGGGGGAGACCUAAGAAGGUGGAGUUGACAUCCAAUGACAGAACAGGAGCCAUUUUUAUCACAGAGAAUCCCAAUGGAGAUGGUGGGGCAGAGAUCAGUUUGACGCUCAAAAAGGGGGAAAUGGAUGCCUUUGCUUCUGUUUUCGUUAAUGGUCUUAGGGCUACGGGUACUGAAUUUAACCCCUCUAGACUUUGAAGCUUGCAAAUGAGUUGGUUUUCUGUGCGAUGACAUGGAUUUAUGUGUUACUUUCUCAUGAUAUAUAUAUAUAUA